AUGCAGGGCGGCGUCCGGAUUACCUGCCCAUCGAAGAAUGCUGAACUCGUCAGAGCCGUGCCCUCGGCAGACCGCCAGGGGCCACAGCAGGGCCGGGCUCUGGGACACGACGGCGUCGCUGCUUUGCUCUCAGUGGAGGCGAUGUGGCCUGAUGCCCCCAGGGGCCACCUGGCGUGGGGGGUGGGCACGGGGACAGUAGAGGGGGGCUGGAGGGAAAGUGCCCGAGUCAACAUCCAGGCAGAGCACGUGACCAGCACCAGCUGUGAGGCCGGGGAGCCACAGGGCCGCGGGCAGCAUGGGGAGUGGGGCCCCCGGGACCGCGGGGCCCCCAGGACGGUGGGGCCCCAGGACCACGGGGCCCCCAGGACCGCGGGCAGCAUGGGGAGUGGGGCCCCCGGGACCACGAGCAGCCCAGGAGGCGUCACCAGGCAGCAGAUGGACCGCAGGGCGCCCGACAGCUUCUCCCCGCGACAGGCUGUCCCCAGAGGUGGACGUGCCCCGGACUGCGUCAGGGAAGCGGCCCUUUCUGGUCCCACCCUGGCUUCUGCCUCCAAGCUCUCUCCUGAGAAAGUCCGUGCUGGGGACACGGGCAUGAAGGCCACUGCAAGGGACGCAGCGGAGCCUCACCCAGACCCCGGGCUGGCGGUUUUCAAUCAACUGACGACAUUGGGCUGCUUCUCGGAACUGCACCCGGGCUGGCCUGGCGCGGUGCGUGAGGCCCCCAGUCACCCGAAUGCACCUGUUAAUUUUGCCUCUGGGUAA